AUUUGAAGCAAAUCAUUGCAGGAUAAAAUUCAGACCAUCCGACAAAACACGUUAGGUUUUUUCAAAUCGAGCUAAGAAAAUUCUCAAGUUAAACCAGCGUAUAGAUAAUUCAAACUAUCUGUCUAUAUACAUUCUUAUCUCAUAUAUUAAGACUGGUUUAGUUCUCAUAAAUAUAAUAUGAGUAGAUAUAAAAGGUACGAAGCGCAACCCUAACUGUUUGGUCAUUUAUAUAAAAGCCAGUGAAUUAACAAAGUAUUAAUAGUAGUGAUCCAUAAUCAAAGCUAACAAAUCCGAAAUGGCUUUCUUUGGCAAGUUGUACACACACGAGAGCAACGAGAACUUCGACGAGUUUGUUAAAAGUUUGAAUCUUCCACAAGACUUUGCUACUGCUUACCUCAAUUCCAAGAUUUCUCAGAAAAUCGAGAAAGAUGGAGACGAGUACGUUAUAACCACCAACAAACCAUCGGGACCAAGUGAAAUGAGAUUUAAAAGCGGCGUUGAGUUUGACGAGAAAAUCACAGCUGAAGUUACUGGCAAGAACACAAUAACUGUAGAUGGUAACAAAGUGACUCAAAUUCAGAAGUUACCUGAUGGCAAAACCGUCACCUUCGCCAGGGAAUAUUCACCAGACAAACUUGUUGUGACUAUCACAUCGAGCUUCUGGAACGGCACAGCAAAAAGGAUUUACGUUGCGUAAAUUAUUAAUCAAAAAAUUAUUUGUAAGCAUUAAUUAAUUAAAAUAAAAGUAAUUCCUUGA